GAGAUGGCCGCGCGUGUGGGCCUCCUGCUGCGCGCCCUGCCACUGCUGCUGUGGGGCGGCCUGGACGCCCGGCUGGCGGAGCGCGUAGGCCGGGAGCUGCACCGCGAGGCAGAGGCCUUCCUGGAGAGGUAUGGAUAUCUCGGUGAACAGGUCUCCAAAGCUCCUUCCUCCACGAGAUUCAGCAGUGCCAUCAGGGAGUUCCAGUGGGUGUCCCAGCUGCCCAUCAGUGGCAUGUUGGACACUGCCACCCUCCACCAGAUGACACUGCCCCGCUGUGGGGUUGCAGAUACUGACAGUCAGGCAGCCUGGACCGAGAGGGUCAGUGCCCUGUUUGCUGGACGUCGCGCCAAAAUGAGGCGUAAGAAACGCUUUGCAAAGCAAGGCAACAAGUGGUACAAGCAACACCUCUCCUACCGCCUGGUGAACUGGCCCCAGCACCUGCCUGAGCCAGCAGUUCGAGGGGCGGUGCGCGCUGCCUUCCAGCUGUGGAGCAACGUCUCAGCGCUGGAGUUCUGGGAGGCCCCAGCCACAGGCCCUGCUGACAUCCGCCUCACCUUCUUCCAAGGGGACCACAACGACGGGCUGAGCAAUGCCUUCGAUGGCCCAGGGGGCGCCCUGGCGCACGCCUUCCUGCCUCGCCGGGGCGAAGCGCACUUCGACCGGGACGAGCGCUGGUCGCUGAGCCGCCGCCGCGGGCGCAACCUGUUCGUGGUGCUGGCGCACGAAAUCGGCCACACGCUCGGCCUGGCGCACUCGCCCGCGCCGCGCGCGCUCAUGGCGCCCUACUACAAGAGGCUGGGCCGCGACGCGCUGCUCAGCUGGGACGACGUGCUGGCCGUGCAGAGCCUGUACGGGAAGCCCCAAGGGGGCUCUGUGACUACCCAGCUCCCGGGAAAGCUGUUCACUGACUUUGAGGCCUGGGAACCCCACAGACCCCAGGGAAGUCACCCCGAAGCCCAGGGUCCUAAAUAUUGCCACUCCUCCUUCGAUGCCAUCACUGUAGACGGGCAACAGCGACUGUACAUUUUUCAAGGGAGCCACUUCUGGGAGGUGACAGCUGAUGGCAAUGUCUCAGAGCCCCGCCCACUGCAGGAAAGGUGGGUCGGGCUGCCCCCCAACAUUGAGGCUGCUGCAGUGUCGUUGGAGAAUGGAGACUUCUACUUCUUCAAAGGGAGUCGAUGCUGGAGGUUUCGCGGCCCCAAGUCAGUGUGGGGUUCUCUGCAGCUGUGCCGGGCAGGGGGCCUGCCUCGCCACCCCGAUGCGGCCCUCUUCUUUCCUCCUCUGAGCCGCCUCAUCCUCUUCAAGGGCGCCCGCUACUACGUGCUGGCCCAAGGGGAACUGCAAGUGGAGCCCUACUACCCCCGAGGCCUGCAGGACUGGGGUGGGGUCCCUGAAGAGGUCAGCGGUGCCCUGCCCCAGCCUGAUGGCUCCAUCAUCUUCUUCAGAGAUGACCGCUACUGGCACCUGGACCAGGCCAAACUACGGGUGACUGCUUCAGGCCGCUGGGCAGCAGAACUGCCCUGGAUGGGCUGCUGGCAUGUCAACUCAGGGGGCGCCUUGUUCUGAAGGCAUCCCCACCUCAUAGUGAACUUUCGGUGCUUUCAUGGCCAACGUGUAUCCCCUGUCCCAGGGGCAGAAACUGCUUUGGAAGUCUGAGCCUCCCUGAGGAAGACACAGCAGAGAAGUUUGUCCGCAUUUGUUCCCUGGA